AGCAGGGGGCUUAGCAUACCAUUUCAUGUUUUUUGAUGAACGUGACUGUAAUUUUCAUUUUUUGUUUAAAAACACCUUGUGCCUUGUUAUGUGUAUUUAAAUUCAACAUUCUGUAGCCUAUUAGACUAUGCUCCGUGUACUUCGUCAUCGUUAGGACAGACAUUAAAUAGAUGGUAUAUGAGGCAGUUUUGUAUUUCUGUUGAGAUUCGGUUGAGGUAGGUGAAUUCUUUCAUUGAAUGCCAAGUUUCCUUUCAUUAGGUCGACAUGAAGGGUGCCAACUGAUCUUCAGUGGAAUGCCAUAUGACCUGUUGCUAUGCAAAGGAGGCAAAGUCACAGUAAAGGCUUCCUUCUGUGAAAUUGGCUAUAUAUUUUUUGUCAUGGGAUAAAUUAGGCUAAAGCGACUCACCCACGUUUGUUCGAAAUUCAGCGGAAUACGAUUAAACCAUCAAUUUUCUUAAACGUUUAGCCUAUUGAGAGGGGGUUCUUGUGCUUCUCAGUACAAAAUCGUAUACGAAACCAUCAGAUAGCAUACUGGUAGUAUGUCUAUAUUUUGAGAAUGAUGGCCAAUCAAACAUAUAUUUUGCACGCUUCAGUCAAAAAUCGUGAUGUUAGGCGAUCGCUUUCUCGUAGGAUUUAUCUGUGUUUACUUGGAAUAUCGAAGGGGAGGGGAUUUAAACGGGUUAUCUGUCAAGCGCAUAUUAGGAGGGGUCACGAAACAGAGUUUCAGAUGUAGAGAGACAAGAGCAAUUCCAUUACUUUCUCUCUCUUUCCAAGGAUCUCUGCAGAAGGAAUUACGCAUCCCACGUGUUUAAUAAUAUUUAAACAAAAUAUCUGCGCGGUUUGGCGAGGCUGGAACACCCGGAGUUAGAAUUUCGUUUGCCGCGUACAGGCUACGGUACAACUUAUAAAAUGUUCAGAUGUUUGCAGUAUGGAUUUUAAGAAGACCAAGUAUGGAAGAUUCAUGAACUGUAGAGUUCCCUCCACCAAGAGGUACCAGCCCACAGAAUACGAACAUGCUGCCAACUGUGCCACGCAUGGGCUUUGGAUAAUUCCAAGCAUCCUGGGCGGGUCUCUGCUGUACUUCCAGUCUGAUGACCACUGGAAGGCCCUCACGGCCUGGAUGUACGGCAGCGGGUUGUCUGGCUUGUUCAUCAUGUCAACCAUGUUCCACACCGUAUCCUGGAAGAAAAGUCACCUCAGGACCGUGGAGCAGCGCUUUCACAUGUGCGACCGGAUGGCCAUCUACUUCUUCAUAGCUGCUUCCUAUGCCCCCUGGCUCAACCUUAGAGAGCUGGGGCCCCUGGCUGCUCAGAUGCGCUGGAUGGUGUGGGUCAUGGCCUGCGUCGGCUCCGCAUACGUCUUCUUCUUUCAUGAGAGGUAUAAGAUUGCGGAGCUGCUCUGUUACAUAACCAUGGGUGUUGUCCCUGCCUUGGUGCUACUGUCCAUGGCGAACUGGGAAGGUGUGCUGGAACUUUCCGUGGGCGGCGUCUUCUACUGCCUCGGCGUCGUCUUCUUCAAGAGCGACGGCGUAAUUCCUUUUGCCCACGCUAUCUGGCACGUCUUUGUUGCCAUAGGAGCGGGCGUACACUACUACGCCAUCUAUGCCUAUCUGUACUCGACAGGGACCAGAUACAUGAAGACAUCUAGGUGACGGUCUCUCAAUCUGACAGAAACCCUCCCCAGAGAGCGAGGCUCCGGAGACGCUGACAGGCCACCUAGAGGAGAACAGCAGUGUGUGACAGCUGGUUUUUCUGACACACGCUGCAAAUGAUGCCUAGAUAGCUGGUCCUACAGGCCACCCAACAUAGGUUCUCGAGAGAACAUCUGAUCACACGUAGCCUUAUAAUCCUCCAGAUGACUGAUUUGAGAGGGGUCAAAUACUGUGGACCACUGAUUUUGACUGAAAUCUUUCUUUUGUUCUCAGAAAAUCAGUUAACUGGUAGAACUUGAGUGAUCACUGUACUUGCAGACACAAUCCUAGUGCAGACAUAACCGUUACACAGCUAUAUGACUGUACUAUUGCUGCAUAUCGAAGAGAUUUCUAUUUUGAAUGUGUUCCGUAUUAGAUGUUAAAUUAUGAAGAGCCAUAUCAGAGGUCUUUUGAAGAGAUUGUACUGCCUUCGUUUUCUAGUAGGAUGUUAUCCUCCACAUAGGCUUAUCAAUCAGUUUGAUCCUCCACAUAGGCUUAUCAAUCAGUUUGAUCCUCCACAUA